GCCACGUAAUUCGAACAGACUGACCAAAUGCGAAUUGUACCAAUAAUUCUCCUCAGAUGGGAGUAAGUGACGUAAUUUGAACCUCAUUCAAGUCAGCGGCGGAGCCAAACACCGCGCAGUAUAUUAAUCCACUGAACAUCGGUUGCUGUCAUUUCUGCACCACUGAAUGCUGUACUUCCCUGAGUUGGUUUUACCUCCGCGUCUAGCUGGACACGUACCGCUUUGGACUAAAACAAUGAUGGAUUAAACCGCUUUAAGAUCGGGUUUUUAAAAAGUUGUAGCCUACCAUAUUUUGACUAAAUUAUUUGAACAGUAAAAACAUCACAUCUAGUUAUUUAACGCGUAAUGCAUUACACGUUAAAAUCCGUGGCGCGCUUUGUUGAUGUUGCUUGGUAAAAUUGUGUUCAUGUAAUUUUCAUAACUUCUGCAGAUUUGUGGUGUACUUCAAAAGCAAUGCUUUCAGUCGAACUGCUUUUUUUUUUGUUUUUCUGAAAAGUAGUGGUAUAUCGGGUCCCUCAUACUGAGUCUGUCACGAAUUUAUUUGGGGGCGCGUCGCCAAUGUGGUCUUAACCAGGGCUAGAUUUUGUAUCAUAAGUAGACACCUGUUAGUCCGUGCCAGCUGCCGGAAUGAUCACUCUCUUAAUGGGAAUUCUAUACGUUUAUGCGCUCGGUAAAGGGCAAGUGGCUCGUGCGAACGUUACAAAAGGCAACCGCUUUGUCUGCACCGCCGUGCCCGCGGGGACUGAUCUCAGCUGCCCCGUGUCCGCAACCAACCGAGUGCAGAGCGCAAGUGCUCAGGAGGAGGAAUUGAGGAAUACCAUAGUCCAACUCCGGGAAACCAUUUUGCAGCAGAAGGAGACUAUCGUCAGCCAGCAGGGAACCAUAAAAGAGCUCAAUGCCAAACUUUCUCGAUGCGAGGCUCAGGCGCAAGAUUCCCCGCCGCGAGAGGGCAAAGGAAGGGGCCACGGGUCGAGGCGCAAGGACUUUAGUAAGAAUACCAUGGGGGAUCUUCCGCGUGAUUCGACAGAGACCAUAGAGCAACUUGGGAAGACCAUGCAAAGCCUGAAGGAUCGCCUUCAGAACUUAGAGCAACAGCAGCAACUGCGCAUCAACGCCUCAGGUGCGACCUUUCCAAAUGAGCUGCGCGACCUUCUCAGGCGCCGGCUGAGCGAUUUAGAGAACCAGCUGCUGACUAAAGUGGCCGAGUUGGAGGAGGAGAAGGCGCAGCUGUACAACGAGACGGCUGCCCACCGGCAGCAAACGGAGGUCACACUCAAUUCCUUGUUGGAACGCAUUGCAGAGCUGGAGAGAAGUAACAGUGCUUUCAAGUCUCCGGAGGACUUCAAAGUGUCUCUCCCCCUGCGCACCAACUACCUGUACGGGCGGAUCAAGAAGAGCCUGCCAGAGAUGUAUGCCUUCACCGUCUGCAUGUGGCUCAAGUCCAGCGCCCGGCCAGGCAUUGGCACCCCCUUCUCCUACGGUGUCCCGGGCCAGGCCAACGAGAUUGUCCUCAUCGAGUGGGGCAACAAUCCCAUCGAGCUGCUCGUCAAUGACAAGGUGGCUCAGCUUCCCCUCUCCAUCAGUGAUGGGAGGUGGCACCACAUUUGCAUCACCUGGACAACCAGAGAUGGCUUCUGGGAGGCCUACCAGGACGGCGAGCGUCUGGGUGCCGGAGAUAACCUGGCCCCCUGGCACCCAAUUAAGCCAGGCGGAGUGAUUAUCCUGGGACAAGAGCAGGACAUUGUGGGAGGAAGGUUUGAUGCAACUCAGGCAUUUGUGGGAGAGUUGAGCCACUUCAACAUGUGGGAUCGCGUCCUGCGUCCAGUGGACAUCUCCGGCAUGGCGAACUGCUCUUCCUACAUGCCUGGCAACGUGGUGCCCUGGGUGGAUGCCAACGUGGAGGUGUUUGGUGGUGCCACCAAGGCCGCCCUAGAGAUAUGCGAGGAUCGCCUGUUUGAUGCUUAAGUGGGCAAGUCUGUGCUUUUUUUUUGUUUAGUUAGUUCGGAGGUCUUUUGUGGUGAGGUCACCUUCUCUGUGCUGCUUUUCACACUUUUGUGAGAAAGGGUGACUCGUGCUCAAGAGUAUUCACUGUGUUCUUUCUGAAAACAAAAACAAAACAACUUUCUCUGGUCUUUUUUCGUUACUUGUCAUCCAGUGUGUCUGUGGUAGCAGAUGUGAUGGCUGGCAAUCUAAAGCUGCUCAUUUGAAGUAAACACUCUCUAUUGUCUCCAAUUGGUUAGAUAUGCUUCUGUGGCUCAUGGUGAGAAAAAAACAUGUAAAAAGCUGUUUACGAUCAUGCAAAUUUAUUUUUGUAUGUGCUUACAUUAAAAAUAUAUAUAAACUUCUCUGGAGGAUUGUAGCAUAUUGUGGACAAUCCAGACUGAAUUGCAUGGGAUUAGAAACGUUAGAUUUGUGUCAUGUGGUGUAUGUGAAGUAUGGCAUUGCGAUCAUGCGCUAGUGUGUGCUGGGCUGUGCCUGAGGGUCAUAAGUAUGUGUCUGCCAAGGAUCUCUACCCAAACCAUGUGUAAUCACUAUGAAGACCAUUAUCUCUGUGUCAUAGUGUCCCACCCCAUCAUAUGUGUGGGGGCAUGUCUGUGCACGUAGAGGUGUGUGAGCUGUCUUGCGUGUAAGAGGCUUCAGAGAUUAGAGGAGGGAACAUCCACAUUCUUGUAAAUCUACGCUAAUACAGCAUCCUCUUGAGCAGCUGCCAUCCUGAGCUGAUUUUGUGGGCACUGCCCUAUGAGGUUAAAGGCAAAGCCGCAGAAAGCUGCCAGGGACUGGCGGGAAUUCAGCCUGGGCUGAACGUCAGCAAGCCCACGGAGCACGCAUGUGUGUGCGUGCGUGCGUGCGUGCGUGUGUGGGAGGGAGUGGACCUGCUGAAGGGACCCUUCAUUUAUGAGUGCUUAACCUUAACUUAUCUCUAAAAUAAGUUGCAUUAUGAUUACAUGUGAUGAGACAAAUGAUGGCUGUAAGUUUUGUACUGGGCAAAACAAUCCAGUCAAGAACAACGGCAAUUAAACACGCUAUGUGCACUGGCAUGCUUCGAGACCAGAGAGAGAGAGAGCUGAUGACUGUGUUAUAUAAAUUCCACGUUUUUGGGACGUGACUCAUAAUUCAUCCUGGGUUAUUCCCCCAACCUGCUGAGCCCGAGCCGGAGCAAUCCUGCGCUGGGAAAAUACGAGAAGGGCUGGAGGGAGGAGGAGGGGCGGGGGGGGGGGAUCUAAGAGCAUGAAUUUCUAGAAUGAAAUGGUGACUAUAUUGAGGGCAUUCGUUUAUGUCAGAGGGAGACACUUAUUCUGCUUAUGACUGUUUGAUUGUUUGUUUCAUGAACCAUUCUGAGAUCAAUGAUUUUUAGGUAUUGCUGUGCAGUGUGUACAUAUGUGAUAACAUUUGUAUUUAUCUUUUGCUUCAAUAUUCUUUUUUUUUCUUUUUUUUUUUGAUGCCCUACUGACAACACCGCAAUGCCUGUCAAUCUUACAGUAUACUGAGUUGUGAAUUGACCAAGGAAUUAUGGGGAAAAAAGGGAACUCUUGAUACGUACUGUAUGUCGUAAUUCUUUAAUGUAAGAUAAGGACUAUAUAUUUUUUUAUGAUUUAACAAUGUACCGUAAAUACAUGAUUUCUAAAUGUGCAAGGUAUCAGUCCAUGAGAUUUGCAGACUCACUAGUGCAGUUGUCAGAUACCUCUCAUUUAGAUGCAUUCAUGCACUUUGGCCCCACCUGGAGUGUUGCAGAGAUGUACACUAUAAAUUAUUGACCGAUCACUUCAGACAUCUGAAUGUUGUUGUUGCUUUGUCUAUAAAUAUUUCAUAAAUAAAAUGUUGUUUUUUUU